GUCGGCAUUCACUAUCAAGAGUGAGGUUAAUUUGUUUUCCAUUGCGUUUCUUGACCGUUUGCUGUAGAAAAAAAUCUGUGCAUAAAAAUGGCUUUAUCAGUUCCCAAAGCACCUGGAGUUUCUCAAAUGCUCAAGGAUGGAGCACGGAUGUACAGCGGUUUGGAAGAGGCUGUCUACCGUAACAUCACAGCCUGCAAAGAAUUCGCCCAGACCAUGCGCUCUGCCUAUGGUCCCAAUGGAAUGAACAAAAUGAUCAUCAAUCACAUUGAAAAACAAUUUGUGACCAGCGACGCCGGCACAAUUAUGCGCGAAUUGGAUGUUGAACAUCCUGCUGCAAAACUGAUGGUCAUGGCUAGUCAAAUGCAAGAUGCCGAAGUGGGUGAUGGCACCAAUUUUGUUGUCAUCUUUGCCGGUGCCUUGUUGGAAAAGGCCGAAGAGUUGUUGCGUUUGGGUAUUACCACUGCCGAAAUUGCCGAGGGUUAUGAAAAAGCUUUGGAAAAGGCCUUGGAAAUUUUGCCCAAAUUGGUGUGCCAUGAAGUUAAGGAUUUCCGUGAUGUUGAGCAGGUCAAAGAGGUCAUGAAAUCCGCCAUUAUGUCCAAACAAUAUGGCCAAGAAGAUUUCCUCACUGAUUUGGUUGCCAAGGCUUGUGUAUCCAUUCUGCCCGAUAAGGGCACAUUCAAUGUGGAUAACAUUCGUGUGUGCAAGAUUUUGGGUAGUGGUUUGUCCAAAUCGGAAGUGGUACAUGGUAUGGUGUUCAAACGUUUUGUGGAGGGUGAUGUCACCUAUGCUGAAAAAACCAAGAUUGCAAUUUUCUCCUGCCCCGUUGAUAUUAUCCAAACUGAGACAAAAGGUACUGUGUUGAUUAAGUCUGCUGAUGAAUUGAUGAACUUCUCGUCGGGUGAAGAGAGUUUGUUGGAAAAUCAAAUUAAGGCCAUUGCUGAUACUGGUGCCAAGGUUAUUGUUUCCGGUGGCAAAGUUGGUGAUAUGGCUUUGCAUUUCCUUAACAAAUACAAUAUGAUGGCUGUGCGUCUUAACUCCAAAUUCGAUUUGAGACGUUUGGCACGUGCUGUCAAUGCCACAGUAUUGCCACGCCUUACCACCCCCAGCCAAGAGGAGUUGGGUUAUUGUGACAAGGUGUGCAUUGAGGAAUUGGGUGAUACCACUGUUGUGGCUUUCAGAAAUGAAGGCAAGGACUCCCGCAUUGCCACCAUUGUUAUCCGUGGUGCCACUGACAACUUCUUAGAUGACAUUGAAAGAGCCAUUGAUGAUGGUGUCAACAAUUUCAAGUGCUUGUCCCGUGAUGGCCGUUAUGUUCCUGGUGCUGGCGCUGUUGAAAUUGAGCUGGCCACACAAAUCUCUGCCUAUGCUGAUACCCUGCCCGGUUUGGAACAAUAUGCUGUACGUCGUUUUGCUGCCGCCUUGGAGGCAUUCCCCAAAGCCUUGGCCGAAAAUACCGGUGUCAAUGCCACCGAAUUGGUGAACCAAUUGUAUUUGGCCCAUGCCGAGGGUAAGGGUCCGAAUGUGGGUUUCAACAUUGAUGCUGAAAAGGCCGAGACCGUUGAUGUUACCACCACCAAAAUUUACGAUCUCUUCCAAUCGAAAUUCUGGGGCCUAAAAUAUGCCGUUGGUGCUGCCACCACUAUCCUGAAAGUUGAUCAAAUCAUUAUGGCCAAGAGGGCUGGUGGUCCCAAGCCACGUCAAAAUGCCGGCAGUGAUGAUGAAAGUUAAACAUAAGGAUGUCAU